AUGAAUCACGGCCAAAAAGAUAUUGACGAAAAGGAUCUACAAGCUUCUCUGCUAGCACGCUGGAAAUCACACCCCGAGAACAGGCACAUGGCGGAUCAUCUUGGAGCACCACAUCAUCAGGAAGCCGUCACUCAGCAUUCCACCAACCAAAUACAGAAUACACCGUCUGAAUCUAGGACCAGACUACAAAGGCAGAUAGCUUCCUUAGAACAUGACACUGAGCUUGGGAAAAGUCUAAUGGCCAAGGGGCCAUUAAAGAAGACCAAAGCUUUGUUAAAGUUGGUACAGAAUUUUGCACUUGAUUUUGAGAAAAGAAUUGGAGGAUCGGGACAUCAAGUGGAUACCCUGGAGCUAUCGAGUGGUGCAAAAAUCAAUCGGAUUUUUCACGAGCGUUUCCCUUUUGAGUUACUAAAGACAGAGUUUGAGGAGAAGGACCUACGGCGAGAGAUUAGUUAUGCCAUCAAAAACAUCCAUGGCAUCAGAACUGGGCUGUUCACUCCUGAUAUGGCAUUUCAAGCAAUAGUGAAAAAACAGAUUGUGAAGCUCAAAGGACCAGCUUUGAAAUGUGUUGACCUGGUUAUGCAGGAGCUCCUGAACUCUGUUAUAAAAUGCAUGUCUAAGUUAUCUGACUAUCCAAAACUCAGAGACGAAACCGAAAGAAUAGUAACUUUCUACAUCCACCAACGAGAAGAGAAAACCAAAGAGCAGGUGUUACUCCUGAUUGAUAUACAGCUAUCAUACAUCAACACCAACCAUGAAGACUUCAUUGACUUUGCAUAUGCACAUCAGGGCUACAGUCAGCAGAAGAAGAGUUCCACAGGCAAUCAGGUGAUUCGAAAAGGAUGGUUGACCAUAAGCAACAUCAGCCUUAUGAAAGGAGGCUCCAAGGACUACUGGUUUAUUCUCACAGCUGAAAGUCUCUCUUGGUAUAAAGAUGAUGAGGAAAAAGAGAAGAAGUACAUGCUACCUUUGGACAAUCUGAAAGUCCGUGAUGUGGAAAAAAGCUUCAUGUCCAGCAAACACAUCUUUGCACUGUUCAACACUGAGCAACGGAAUGUAUACAAAGAUUACAGAUGCCUGGAACUUGCCUGUGACUCCCAGGAAGAAGUGGAUAGUUGGAAAGCAUCUCUGCUCCGUGCUGGAGUAUAUCCAGAUAGGCCGACAGGUACAGAUGAAGAAUCAUCUCAGGAAGAUAACUUGUCGAUGGAUCCACAGCUGGAACGACAAGUAGAGACCAUCCGUAACCUGGUAUAUUCCUACAUGACCAUUAUAAACAAGUGCUUCAAAGAUCUGAUACCCAAGACAUUAAUGCACCUGAUGAUCAACAGUGUAAGAAAAUUCAUACAUGGAGAGUUACUGGCUCACUUGUGUUCUUCAGAGGACCAAAACACUUUGAUGGAGGAACCAUCUGAGCAAAAGCAAGAUGAGACGCUAUCUGUGGACCAUGGGGCAACAGCAGCUCAGCCAAUUAUCAGUGAGAACAAUGCUGGUUUCACCCCAUUAUCAUCUCCUGGAGACUGUACAUGGAUGAAGUUUUGCUGUUCUCCAUCUUCAAGCCCAACAUUUCAGAGAAGGUAUGACCACCAUGCCCUUAAAGGAAAGUCACCUUCUAGGCUGACAAGCUCUUCCCCUACACUGGCUGCCUUAUCUCUGGACUCCGGACAUGGAAUACCACAUGUGCUUUCCAACCCAGGUCCUUUUCUUGGUAUUAAUGAUCCUCUUCUGGUGGCAUCACAAAUCCCUUCUCGACCAUUACGUGUUCCACCAAGUGUUCCCAGUCGAAGAACACAUCCAUCGCCAAGACUCUCCACCGUUAUCUGCCCGUCAGAAUCCUCCUUGUCGGAGUGACCAGGGUCAAUGUGCAUUAAUAGUAUACAUGUAGCAUACUCUACCAACUGAUUUGAUGUCACCAUCACCUGGCUGCUUUCAAAGGGCAUCUGUCAGCAGAUUUGUAUCUAUGAAACUGGCUCACCUGUUAGG